AUGCCCGACGUGCCGAUGCCCGCGCCACCGCACGACGACGGGAACUCCUGCCCCGUCAUGGAUCAUCCGAAACACAUUAUCGUUGUGACGAGGAACCCAAAAGAUGCGGCUGUGUCAAACUACUUCUUUGAGGUUGGUUUUCGUCUACCUGGACAGAAGGUGGAUGUAUCUUUCCAAGACAUCUCCGUCGCGGAUUACAUCAAACUCUACCUCAAGGGCGCUGCCACGCAGUAUGGCUCCUACUGGAAACACACGCGCGAAUUCUGGCAGAUCCGCAACUGGGACAACGUUCUGCUCGUGUCCUACGAAAACAUGCUGAGGGAUCCGAGAAGACACGUAAAAAUGGUCGCUGACUUUCUCGGAAAGCAGCUGACAGACGAUCAGAUUGAUUUCAUCACCAUGGAAACAAGUUUCAAGAAAAUGUCUGGAAAUGACGUCACUAACUACGCAUGGCUGAAAAGCAUUCGUGCUACCGAUGCAACACCGUUCAUGCGAAAAGGACGUUGUGGAGACUGGAAGCGUUAUUUCACAGUCGCCCUCAGCGAAGAACUGGAUCGAAUUAACGAGGAAAAUAUGUGUGGCACGUCACUGCAGCACGACUACGUCAUAGAUUAGAAGCGUGAUACGUCACUGCAGCACGACUACGUCAUAGAUUAGAAGCGUGAUACGUCACUGCAGCACGACUAAGUCAUAGAUUAGAAGCGUGAUACGUCACUGCAGCACGACUACGUCAUAGAUUAGAAGCGUGAUACGUCACUGCAGCACGACUACGUCAUAGAUUAGAAGCGUGAUACGUCACUGCAGCACGACUAAGUCAUAGAUUAGAAGCGUGAUACGUCACUGCAGCACGACUACGUCAUAGAUUAGAAGCGUGAUACGUCACUGCAGCACGACUACGUCAUAGAUUAGAAGCGUGAUACGUCACUGCAGCACGACUACGUCAUAAAUUAGAAGCGCAAUACGUCACUGCACCACUAUGAGUAAAGCAUAAGUCAAAUAACAUCAGAUUUAUUAUUGAAAUACUCAGCAGACAGCCAUGAUGGAAUUCAGUCCUAAUAUCAUAACGAGGCUAAUAGUUCCAAGAGCUAUGCUUAGAUGGUCCUAGCUGUUAUAUAUUAAUAUUUACAGGUGCGUGAUACGUCACUGCAGCACGACUACGUCAUUGAUUAGAAGCGUGAUACGUCACUGUAGCACGACUACCUCAUAGAUUAGAAGCGUGAUACGUCACUGCACCACGACUACUGUACGACUGUACUGUAAUGCUGUACGAGUAAUCGCGAUACUAUGAGAUGGUCCAUGCCGGACUGCCCACGGCCAACGACCAUGAAACCAAACUGCGCGUAUAUGCCAAAGGCAAAAUGAGUUAUCUAUGUCUCUGUGUUUGUCGCGCUGGUAUGCCCUACUGCAGUGUGUUGUAUUUGUAUUGGAUUGUAUUUGUCCGGUAACACUGGUAUUAUACUUACUGCAGUGUGUUUGGAGGGCGGUGACAGGUGAAUAAACGCCGGCCCAGUCCGGGGAGUUACGGA